AUGUCGGUGACAAACGUCAAUAAAGUUAGACUCGCGAGCUUGGUCGCAGAGGGGGAGCGUCACGGCACCGUGGACGGAAGCAUCGACACGGACUCUGCCUGCGACAGGCGCGCGGCCACUGGCCAGCGCCGGGGAAUGCUCGUUGCGGCCGUUGUCGCCCCAUUCGGCAACCUCCUGCUCCCCCUCAGGUCCCCUCCCGAAGGGCUAGGGGUCAUGUUUUGGUUCAUCACUCUGGAGGAGGAGGAGCGCGUGUUCCUGGACUUGGGGUUCUGCUUCGACCGCUCGGUGCAGCUGUUGGCGGUGGAGUUCUCCGUGGCGGACCCGUCCUGGGGUCGGGCGAAGGAGGGGGACUGGGAGAGGGGCCUCGGCGGGUGCGAGGGCUGCCUGAGCGUGUCCGUGCUGCCGGUGUGCUCCGUCCUGUGCCGCCCGUCUGCGAAGCACACCCUCGGGCCGCCGCCCCGGCUGCGCUUCGCGGACUGCCUCGGCUGGUCCCUGCUGGGGGGCGGCGAGGUGCCGCUCGAGUUCGAGGAGGGUGGGCCCGACACCCAGCAGGUCGCCUGGGCCAGGAGCCUGGGGGGCCUGCACGAUGCGGUGGAGCUGUUUGUCAACGGGGCGUGGACCCGCUGGGCGCCGGAGAGCAGCGGAAGGGGCCGAACAUCGAUUGGGUCGGCCUCGAGAACCGGACGUACGCCGUCCGCCUUUGGUACGAGCCCGUGGAGGAGGAGGGGGCCGCGGCGCCUGCGGCGGCGGGCGGCACGGGAGCGGAGGAGCUCGAGGAGCCGGUGGUUCCAGGGGGCAACCCCGCGUGCUGGAGGGGCGGGUUCACGUUCGAGAGCUGCUGUGCCACGGGCAGCAGAGGCGGGAACCCCGAGUGCUGGGACAGCAAGUUCACGUUCGGGCGCUGCUGCUCGCUCACGGCCUCUCGGAGGGCGCCUGGGGCGCGCUUCGGAGCGCCAGACAAGCCGCACUACGAGCUGCCGCACCUGCGGCGCGGCAACCCGCCGAACCUGGGCCCGCUGCAGGACGACGAG